AUUCACGUCAUUGCACAUCUUUGGCUUUGAAUCUAGGAGUCUGAUUAUGCGAUUAAGCUUGCACAGACGGAGACACAUUGUAAUUUGAAUACAAGUGUGAUAAACAGUAUUUAGGCCCUACAUGAAACUUCAUUAUUUGCUAGAAUAACAAGAGAUAAAGCAACAGGUAGUAUAUAAAAGAAAAUAAUACACAAAGUGUAGAGGAGAGAGUAUUCGUGACAGAUGUGUAUUUUCAUGAGUUUCUAGCUUAAAUUGAUAUCCUGUUUAUAGAAGAGAUUGACGAACCAGGAUAACAUAACUGAUGAGAAAGGGGUCUUCUGUGAUCUGAGGCGGAUGAAUAUAAAAUCAAACUUUUGUUGACAUUAAGUGCCGGGACAGUAAAAACAGUUUCCAUUAUGGAUAUGUACCAUGUUUACCGUUUCUUCCUGUGGGCUCUCUUUAUUUGGAUUCAGAGAUCACUGACAGACGGCCAGACGAUAUUUAAUGAACGUUUUAUUGGAUGCUUCAGGGAUGACGGGAAUGAUCGGGUUUUCCCAGUUUAUAUUAGCCAGAGCAUACUUGUGCCAAACGAUUUCACAGUCGAAAAGUGCAUUGAUGAAUGCAUUGCUUUAAGCAUGGCAUAUGCAGGAGUGCAGUACCAACAAGAAUGCUUCUGUGGGGGCGCUAGGACAGACUACGAUCGCCUGGGUGAACUGCCUCUGGAUGACUGCAAAGUGUAUAUAUGUCGUGGAAAUCAGGACCAAUAUUGUGGGGGAUUGGAUGCACUUCUUGUCUACAAUACAACAGUGAUGGUUCCAGACAAACUACAAACAGCUACUGCAGAGUUAUCAUCUACAUCUGACACAUCUACCCUAAGGACAUUUAUUACAAAUUCAACAGAACUAUUUCCUACGACAUCUGGCUCAACCACCACGAAAACGCCGAUGAUUCCUGCUAUUAAUUCAAUAGCUUUGUACGCUGGACUUGGUGGUGGUGGAGCGACUAUCGCGAUACUUAUCAUCGUAGUGAUCACUAUCGUCUUCAAUCGUAGAAAGCGGAUGUUAUCGUCUCCAACCGAAGUAGUACCACCAGAAAAGCCUUACAUGGAUCUGGAACCAACAAACAAUAGUCAAGCAACAACAUAUGAGUCUUUGGGAACUGGUUCCGUGUCAAAGGUCGAGGACGGUUCUUACGAGAACCAAACAGUAGUAAAACAGCAUCAGUUUAUCCACCAGGUUACGAUGGAAGACGAGCACCCGUACGAGCUUCCAGCUCUUUAUUAGCGGUUUUGUUCAAGUUUAAUGAUCUUUACCAUCAUGCGGGUAUAAGGAAGGGGAAACGGUAGAUUGUUGGGUUGAGUAACAUGAGCAUCUGUACGAGCUUAUAGUUCUUGAACUGUUUAAAAGGGAUAUUGUUCAAGUUUAACUUUAGAUAUCUUUAUCAUCAUGCGGGUAUGGUGAAAGUGGAAACAGCAGGAUUGUUUGGUCGGGUAACCAGAGCACCUGUACGAGCUGUCAUUUCUUUAAGAGCGAUAUCUUUAAAGUUAAAAAAAAAAUGUUUAUCAUGUGUCAGUAUAAGAAAGGUAGAUGGGUAGAUCAUUAAGCUGUGUAUAUAACACGAGCACCUGUACUAGCUUUCAUUUUAUAAAGGCGAUAUUGUUAAAUUCUUAUCAUUAUCAUCAUGCGGAUACAGGGAAGGUGGAAACGGUAUUGUUGGAUUGGGUAACCCGAUCACUUGGACGAGCUCCUGGCUCUUUUAGAGCGAUAUUACUCAAUACGAGAUUUCAGCUCUUAAGAGCGAUUUCCUUUAACAUAUCUUUUUCAUUAUGCGGAUAAAAGAAGGUGGAAGGGUAGUAAUUGUGUUGAGUAACACGAGCACCUAUACGAGCUUUCUUUCUUUCAGAGCGAUAUUGUUUCAGUUUGACUUAAAAUAUCAUUAUCAUCAUUCGGGCACUGCAAAGAUGGAAACGGCAGGAUUGAUGAGUCGGGUAAACGACCACUUAUACAUUCUUUAAGAGUGAUAUUAGUUUAAAUAAAUAUCUUUAUUCUUAGGCACGAUGGAAACCUUAUUAUUCUUGGCUUGGGUCAAUAUGAAAGUCAUUGUUCUUUAUUGAAAUGUUGAUAGAUGUGUGUGGUAUAUUUUGUAUUCAAUUUAAAGAAGUAUCUUUAUGUUUGAUGAUUAAAAGAAAUCAAUCGUAUAUUCUAAAUAGUUUUGACCGGUGAUAUAAGUGUUUUUAUCAAGUAAGAGCAUUAUGUAUAAUCCUAACUUUAUUUUAUAAGAUUUUCUUUAUUCGGUUAUGAAAAUCAUUUAUCAUCAUCAUCAUCAUCAUCAUCAUCAUCAUCAUCAUCAUCAUCAUCAUCAUACCUUCUAAUUUAUUUUCUAGACAAGAAGGAAAUGUGUUUUCUUGAUAUUAUUUGAAAAUCAAUGAAGAUGGGCUUUUGUAAACAUUAUUUUCAAAAAUUCAAAUUUACUUUUGUUUUCCUCGAUGUUUUCAUGGAGUUCUGUUCCAAAUUGAGAGAAGUAAGAAUCAAAGUUUUUCGAUACUAUUGUAGGGUUUUCGAUAAAAUGUGAAUUCUCUGAUCAAU